CUCCAAUGUGGCGUCUUCUCUUUUGCACCCUUUCAGCGCGAGAUCUUUCUGUCAAGAAGGGCAAUGGCGAGCAUCGUGGGAUCGCCGUGGCUUCGGAUUAGGGUUCGUCCGGAUCUCCCGCCCUCCUUCCUUCGCCCGUGCCUUGUCUCCAAACCCUACGUUUCCGUCCGCCGGAGGAUUCUCUCCGUCUCGGCUUCUUCCGCCGCCAGUCCUCCGGAUGGGGAGGUCCGGGUCCGGUUCGCUCCGUCGCCCACCGGGAACCUCCAUGUCGGGGGAGCAAGGACGGCUCUCUUCAACUACCUAUUCGCCAGAUCUAAGGGUGGAAAGUUUGUUCUUCGAAUUGAAGACACCGACUUAGAGCGAUCUACUAGGAAAUCUGAAGAAGCAAUGUUGAAUGAUCUUUCUUGGCUUGGUCUUGAUUGGGAUGAAGGCCCUGGUGUGGUUGGAGAUUAUGGUCCCUACAGGCAGUCAGAACGAAAUUCCCUAUAUAAACAAUAUGCUGAGAAGUUGUUGAACUCUGGUGCUGUUUACAGGUGUUUUUGUUCAAAUGAGGAACUAGAACAAAUGAAGGAAACAGCAAAACAAAUGCAGCUGCCACCAGUAUAUAUGGGGAAGUGGGCCACUGCUUCAGAUGAAGAAAUAGAGGAAGAAUUGGCAAAAGGAACGCCUUAUACCUAUCGUUUUCGUGUCCCUAAGGAAGGGACCUUGAAAAUUAGCGAUCUUAUCCGUGGUGAAGUUGGUUGGAGCCUAGACACGCUCGGUGACUUUGUGAUAAUGAGAAGCAAUGGCCAACCAGUAUACAAUUUCUGUGUCACUGUUGACGAUGCUACCAUGUGUAUAUCCCAUGUUAUUAGGGCUGAGGAGCAUUUACCAAACACCUUGCGGCAAGCACUUAUAUAUAAAGCACUGGGAUUUCCAAUGCCUUCCUUUGCACAUGUUUCUCUAAUUCUUGCCCCAGAUCGAAGUAAAUUAUCAAAACGUCACGGGGCAACUUCAGUGGGACAGUUUAGGGAAAUGGGAUAUCUACCUCAGGCUAUGGUGAACUACCUAGCACUCUUGGGUUGGGGUGAUGGAACAGAAAACGAAUUUUUUACCAUUGAUCAGCUUGUUGAAAAGUUUUCUAUCAAUCGUGUCAAUAAAAGUGGAGCAAUCUUUGAUUCUACAAAGUUGAGGUGGAUGAAUGGUCAGCAUUUAAGAGCCCUUCCAUCAGAAAAGUUGAUUGAGAUUUUUGGAGAUCGGUGGAAAGGCACUGGUAUUCUUUUAGAAUCUAAAAGCAAAUUUGUAGAGGAUGCAACAGAGUUGUUGAAGGAUGGGAUUGAUUUGGUAACAGAUGCAGAUACAGCUCUGUUGAAUUUGCUUUCUUAUCCAUUGGACUCUACGUUGGCCAGUGCGGAAUGUAAACCUGUGGUACAAGAUAAGCUUUCUGAGGUGGCUGCUAGCUUGAUUUCUGCUUAUGAUAGUGGAGAGCUUCGUGAAGCAUUGGAGGAAGGUCAUGCUGGUUGGCAAAAAUGGGUGAAAAGCUUUGGCAAGCUAUUGAAGCGCAAGGGAAGAUCUCUCUUUAUGCCCAUUCGGUUACUGCUUACUGGAAAGCUUCAUGGCCCUGACAUGGGGGCCAGCAUAGUCCUAAUAUAUAAAGCUGGUACUUGUGGAGCAGUUAGUCCUCAAGCAGGUUUUGUGACAUUAGAUGAGAGGUUCAAAAUUCUUAGGGAGCUAAGAUGGGAAGCCUUGAACAAAGAAGCAGAACCACAUGCUGAAUCUGUUGCUACUGUAACUCAAUGAGUGUUCUUUUAACCUUCCAUUGGAUUUCCAAAUUAUUUGGUUGAAGUGUUUUGUAUUAUUUUUACCAUCAAAUGAAUAGCUUCGGUGAAUACAGGUUCUCUGUAACACCAGUUUUUGGUUAGGAAACAAGGUUGUUGUAACAUUGGCUGUUUAAUCUGUCUGAUACAUGCACGAUGCCUGAGCUCUUUUUGGCAAUGACUUAAUAAUAUAUCCGAAUUUUUUCCCCC